ACCAUCAACAACGAUCUUCAGUAACACCAGAUUACGUUUUCGUGUUGUUUGAACGAAUUUGAUGAUGAAUUCGACAAUGGCGGCUAGGCAAGGAGGAGUCAAAUCGAGGAAAUCGAGCUUAAAUUAUGCGAAUUCGCCUUCUGCGACAACUUUGUCUUCUAAACAUAAUCCAGAAGCUUCAGUUGAUAGUCCGAGCUCUCCGGAUUCUUCAGCUAGAAAUAAGCAACAGCAGUUUUUAUACAAGAGUUUGGCGUUGGAUUCUGAGAUGUUGAAAGAGAAUGUUACAGUUACCGUCCGGUUUCGGCCUCUCAGUCCGAGGGAAAUACGACAAGGGGAAGAGAUUGCAUGGUAUCCCGAUGGAGAAACUGUCGUGCGGAAUGAGCAUACUCCCUCAAUAGCUUAUGCGUAUGAUCAAGUGUUUGGGCCUACAACCACUACACGCCAUGUAUAUGAUAUUGCAGCUCAACAUGUCGUUAGUGGUGCCAUGGAAGGCAUUAACGGCACUAUUUUUGCAUAUGGCGUGACAAGUAGCGGGAAGACACACACUAUGCAUGGAGAUCAGAGGUCCCCUGGAAUUAUUCCUUUGGCAGUAAAGGAUGCUUUUGGCAUCAUUCAAGAGACUCCAAGCCGUGAAUUUCUCCUCCGUCUCUCAUAUUUGGAAAUAUACAAUGAGGUUGUUAAUGACUUGUUGAAUCCAGCAGGACAGCAUCUAAGAAUAAGAGAGGACAGUCAGGGAACCUUUGUUGAAGGUAUAAAGGAGGAAGUAGUACUAUCUCCUGGCCAUGCCCUUUCCAUUAUUGCCGCAGGAGAAGAGCAAAGACACGUUGGUUCCACAAACUUUAAUUUGCACAGCAGCAGAAGUCACACAAUAUUCACACUGACGAUUGAGAGUAGCCCCUGUGGUGAAAAUAAUGAAGGCGAGGCUGUUAACUUGUCGCAGCUGAACCUCAUCGACCUGGCUGGUUCCGAGAGCUCUAAAGCUGAAACUACUGGUCUUCGUAGAAAAGAAGGGUCCUAUAUAAAUAAAAGCCUGCUAACUCUUGGAACUGUUAUAUCAAAAUUAACGGAUGGGAAAGCAGCUCAUAUACCUUACAGGGACUCAAAACUGACCAGACUUCUUCAGUCUUCUUUAAGUGGUUAUGGAAGGGUAUCUCUCAUUUGCGCUGUAACUCCCUCUUCAAGCAAUUCAGAGGAGACACAUAACACAUUAAAAUUUGCCCACCGUGCAAAACACAUUGAAAUUCAGGCAGCACAAAACAAGAUUGUUGAUGAAAAAUCCCUUAUCAAGACAUAUCAAAAUGAAAUUCGAUCUUUAAAGGAGGAGCUAGAACAGUUUACGACAGACAUUGCAACAGUUCCUGAAACGAAGCAUACAGGAGGAAAUGAUGUUUUUCUUAAACAAAAGCUAGAAGAUGGUCAAGUUAAGCUGCAAUCAAGAUUGGAGCAAGAAGAAGCAGCCAAAGCUGCUUUGUUAAGCCAAAUACAAAAUCUGACAAAAUUGAUCCUAGUCUCCACCAAAUCUUCACACUCAUCUAGACCUCCUCAUCAACCUGCUCCAAGAAGAUAUUCCUUUGGGGAAGAAGAGCUUGCAUGUCUCCCACAUAGAAGGCGUGACUUAAUUUUGGAUGACGAAAACAUUCAGUCGUGUGUUACUCUUGAUGAAGGCACGGAUACAAAGAAUGAGACACUUAAGGAAGAUAAAAAGAUCAAGAAGCCUGGAUUGCUUAACUGGUUAAAACCACGGAAACGAGAUAGUAUCUCUAGGACUUUGACCAGUGCUAGUGAUAAAUCAAGUGGAGCAAAGUCUACAAGUACACCUUCAACACCUGGAGAUAAUCGUAUUCUUCCCACUGAAUCCAGACACUCAUACUCUUCGCCAUCCGAAUGUACAUCCUUUGGGUUCUUCUCAGAGGCCAGACAAGAUCGAGAAAUCAACAAGGAUGUUUUCUUACAACAAGAAGCUAGUCCGACCAGCAUAAAGACAAUUGACCAAAUAGAUCUUUUAAAGGAGCAGCAAAGGAUUUUGUCUGGAGAGGUGGCAAAACAUUUCACUGCUUUGAAGCGGUUAUCAGAGGAGGCUACAAGAGAUACCAAUAAGGAAUCUAUAAAGGUGGAGAUGACCAAAUUGAAUGAUGAAAUCAAGCGGACGAAUAUACAAAUUUCUCUCCUGGAAAACCAAACUACCAAUUCUGUCAUAUCAUCUCAUCACAAAAUGGAUGAUGUUGAACACUCACGAUCUGUUCCCAAUUUGGAAGCACAAUUAAAUGGCAAGUCCUUUGAGCUUGAGAUUCAAGCCGCAGAUAAUCAAGAAAUUCAAGAGCAGCUAAACGAAAAGAACGAUGAAUAUAAAGAACUACAAGAAACAAUCACAGCCUUGAAACAACAACUUUCCGAUGCUUAUGAUUUAAGAAAUGGUGCAACAAAGAUCCGUGCUCAGCAUUACUCCGAAACAACAAACUUGCAGGGUGAACUUUACACAGAGACAGAAAAUACAACAAUGAAUGAUAGGACUGACUUGCUGCUUCAGCAAGCUCAGGCACUGGAGAUUGAACAACUCAAACAGCAAGUAGCCAAGCUUAGCGAGUCAAAAGAUCAGUUAGAAGCUCAGAACAAAAGCCUGGCCGAAGAGUGUUCAUAUGCCAAAGAAUUGGCGGCUGAUGCUGCAACUGAGCUUAAGGCAUUGUCUGAAGAAGUGGUGAAGCUAAUGAACCACAACGAGAGACUAGGAGCACAGAUGAACUCCCCAGCGGGACGUAGAACAACCGGUCCCACCAAGAAUGCACAAAGAAACAGCAUGAUCCACACGAGGCAGAAAGAAGGAAUUAGUCCAAAUCAGUUGGAGUUACAGAGACAACUUGCGGUAAGCAAGGAGAGAGAGAGGGCUUACGAAACCAUGCUCUCUGAGAAAGAUCAAAGAGAAUCUGAGCUACAGCAAACAGUAAUGGAAUCAAAACAGCGUGAGGCUUAUCUUGAAAACGAAGUCGCAAACAUGUGGAUGCUUGUGGCAAGGCUAAAAAGAUCACAAACCAAUGUCCCGGAGUCAACUAGAGAGAUCCCCGAGGUGAAUGGUUUGGGGAUUUGGGAUGGCAUUUGAAAGGACAUUUUAUAACCAAAAGAUUGUAAAGUUUUAAGAUUUGGAUUUGGAUUUGUACAUGAGAGUAGAUGGCUUUUUUUAGUAGGAAACUUAUGGCAAUUUGUAUAUAAACAACCGAGAGAGAUAGAGAGGUAGCUGUUUGGGGUUUGGGCCUUGAGUUCAUUGAUUGAGUGGAGUGGAGUGGAGUGGAGUGUGAUUCAGAGUUCCAGCAAGUAUUUUGUUGUGGUGUAAUUAUCGAUGGUGUGGCCAACAUGAUAUAUGUUAAUAGCAAACCUGUUGUGAA